GCUAGAUUGGGCCCUACAUGUACCUUGCUCUCAGACUCGGACCUCACUCAUAAAAAACUACAUAGAGGAGAACGCACACCCCAUUUACAGCACAACAUUAAACCAGCCUUCCUUUCUUGAGCUUUUGUUUCUCUUUAGACUCUCUCUCUCUCUCUCCACUGCAUGGAGUUGGAAACAAACUUGAAAGAAUUAGAUAAUUUUCCUUUCCUUUCAAGCGUUUUCUCUGAUUCUUCAACCCCUAUGAAAUUGAAACCAGAACAUCCUUCCAACACCAACAAUGGGAUUAAUUCCCUACACCCACAACUCUCUUCUUCUUCUUCCUCACCACCACCCAAUUGCAAGCCUUUGUUUUCUUCCCUGGUUCCUCAUUUUGAUCCUCAUCAUCAGCAUCUUCAUCUUCAUCAUCACCAUCAUCAUCAACCGCUUCACGGGUCCCAUUUGAAUCUGAAUUCUCAUUCUCAUGAUGACUUCAAAACCAGUUCUGAUCAUAUCAAUCAUUUCUCUACCAUUGAGGGGUCUUCAUCAAACCCCUUCAGUGGGAUUUAUUACAACACAAAUCCUCAUGAUUUUGUGGCUGUUCCUCUAGCACCUGAUGGUAUCGCCUUUCAUGGUGCUAGGGGGUCCUACUGGGGUGCUCAUCAUCAUCAUCAUCUGGAUGCUCAGGAAAUUCCAGAUGGCCAGGCGCAGAUGGGCCCACAAAGCUGCAUACAGCUUCCGCCGUUGAUCAAUUUUGGAGACUUCGGAUCAUCAUCGCCUAUGGCCAUAAGUUUGCCUUCCGAUGAGGUCACAUGCAAUAGCAGCAGCAGCACAGAGAUUGAGUUUUGCAAGAGACUCUCAGCUGUUGAUCAGAAGAAGACCAAGAGGUUGUGUAUGAGAAGACCCACCAGUAGUAAGGUACUGCAAAAGAAACCCUCCAUCUUCAAAGGCCAAUGGACCCCUCAAGAAGACAGACUUUUGGUGCAAUUGGUUGAGAGGUUUGGCAUUAAGAAGUGGUCUCAAAUUGCUAAGAUGCUGAGUGGGAGAGUGGGAAAGCAAUGUAGAGAAAGAUGGCACAACCAUCUGCGGCCUGACAUUAGGAAAGAUAUGUGGAGCGAAGAAGAAGACAAAAUACUAAUCGAAGCCCAUAAGCAAAUCGGGAACAAAUGGGCGGAAAUCGCGAAGAGGCUGCCGGGGAGGACUGAAAACACAAUCAAGAAUCAUUGGAACGCAACAAAGAGAAAGCAAAACUCAAAGAAGAAAACCAACAAAGACCCCAACAACAACAUUAAUCCCCCCGAGAGCUCUCUCUUGCAGGACUACAUCAGGAGCGUUGUCUCUUCUUCUUCUUCUUUUUCUUCUUCUUCUUCUUCUGCUUCUUCUUCUGCUACUACUCCUAAGACUUCUUCAGCUUCAACCGAAACGACCGAAACAACCGAGCAGAGAAACGCACUCUCAUCCGAUCACUCCAGGGGCUUUUACUUCAACCAAAACAAUGCCGAGAGCGCAAACUGGGCCCAGACAGCUUAUCAUCCUGAUCAUAUCAGUAAUGAGACGUCCAAUAAUAUGUACAGUCAGAUGGGUGGUUCUGUUUCUAAUUUGUUCAAUUUUGAAAGUUAUGGGUUUGGUGGAUCUUUCUUGGUUGACCAGGUAACCGAGGUUGAGGAAUAUCGGGGCAGCAGCAUGGAGGCUGAGAUGCCGUUGGCGUUGGAGAUGCAGGGCCCUGAUGAUGACCAUGUCAAAAAGGAGAUGGAUUUGCUCGAGAUGAUUUGCCAAGGAAAGCUUUAG